CAGUGGUGUUUCGCAAAAAUCUCUGGAAAUAGAGCGCUAAUACAUGAUAUGUAAAGUGGUGUUUCAGAUUCAAAAUGAAUAUCUACAGAUUGACAAUAGAUCUACAGAUUGAUUACUGGCAAAAACAUCUAAAACUGUUUUUCAAUCUCUGGAUAACUGAAACAAUACCUAAUUUCGUUAAGGCUGGAAGUUGGAGCAAAGAAGACUGAAAGAUAAAAUACUGUACCUGGAUUGAAGACGGGGACCUUGCCUUUCGAAUAAGAGCCAAGAACGAAGUUGAUGAAUUACAAAAGUCAAAAAUGCUGAAAACAAGAGAAAUGCCCAAAAUAUCUUCGUUAUUGGCAGUAGCAUUAAUUGCUCUGACCAUAUGCAACGGCUCUGCGCAACUACCGCAACCCGCACCGCCGACGGGAACCCCAACCCCGGCGGCGCUACAUCGGUCCGCCCAAGAAUUCCUGGACGCCCACAACCGAGCUAGAACAGAAGUCGGAGUGGGCCCACUCGCAUGGAGCCAGACGCUUGCCAAUGCCACCAGCCUGGCGGUGCGCGUGCAGAGAGACAAACAGAACUGCAGCUUCGCCGACUUGAGCGGCAGUAAGUACGGCGGCAACCAGCUGUGGGCGGGAGGGAUGGCGGUGACGCCGCGGACGGCGGUGGAGCACUGGGUGGGGGAGAAGAACUUCUACAGCUACGCCAACAAUUCUUGCAUUUCCGACCACAAAUGCGGCGUGUACACUCAGGUGGUUUGGAAGGAGUCGGUGGAAUUGGGCUGCGCUCAGGCGACCUGCGCCAAAGGGCAGACCACCUUAACCAUAUGUUUCUACAACCCUCCGGGUAACAUUGUCGGAGAAAGACCGUACUGAUAGAUGACGUGUCUCUUUCUCCUUCCAUCUUUGUCAAGAAUCAUUCAAGCUUCCUCAUUUCUAGCCUUGAAAAAUAAGAGUUGGGUUUGUAUGCAAGUCAUAUAAUGGUAUGGUUGAAAACUUUGGGUUCCAUUCUUAAUACAUUACACCUUCCAUA